AUGACUCAAGUCGUUGCCUUAGCAGUGAUUAGUCGACUACACGAAUGGUGUAUCCAGCUAUUUUGGAUUACGAUAUUUUGCGUGAUGGGAUGCUGCGGUGACGAGAAAUCGCAGAAAUCUAUUCGACAACUACACGAACGACAACAACACCAACAGCAAACGUCUCGAAAACGUGCAAGUAUUGCGGAAAUUGAACAAAAGGUUUGUGUGACUUCCAUAGCUAUUGAUUUCCGUCUUACAUGGUUGUUUGCUUUGCGUUUGACGAUAGUGGGGCUGGGAACUGGUUAA